AUGUCACCAAUACGCGUUGCCCUCGUUGGUCUAUCGUCAUCUGCAAAGGUCACCUGGGCCGCAGACGCUCAUCUCCCAUAUCUGCUCUCUCCUCGUGGCAAGAAGCACUACCGGCUUGUCGCUCUCCUCAACUCCUCCACUCAAGCCGCAGAAGCAGCCAAGAAAACCUUCGCACUUCCCGAAGAUGUAAAGGCAUAUGGCGACCCAACCAUCCUCGCCGGAGACCCAGAGAUUGACCUCCUCGUCGUAUGCACCCGUGUCGACAUACAUUCUUCUGUCGCCGAACCGAGCCUCAAAGCAGGGAAAGCAGUGUACAUCGAAUGGCCGAUGACGCAAGAUCUUGCCAGCACGAUGAACCUCGCGGAACUCCUGCACAAACCUCGGAAUAGUAUCAUCGGCCUCCAAGGACGCGUCGCCCCAAUCACCCUUCGACUCAAAAACAUUCUAGCCACGAAUACCAUAGGGAAAGUGCUCAGUAGCCAAGUCCGCGCAUUCGGCAACUUGGUGCAGCGGGACACUCUUCCAGCGUCUCUGGAGUAUUUUGCGGAGAGAAAGGUGGGAGGACAUCCAAUCAACAUCCAUUAUGGCCACAUGAUCGACUACGUGCACGAGGUACUUGGUGGAUGGGAAGAGUCUCAUACAACAAUGCAGAUCCAACGACCAGAGUUGAAGCUACGAGGGGCUGACGGAAGAGUCGACAGGAUCGUGAAGAGUGACGUACCAGAUCUGAUAUCAGCACACGGGAGGCUCAGCACUGAUAAAGGCAUCACGGUACCCGGAGCUACGCUUACAGCUUCUUUUCGCCUUGGUCAGCCUUUCAAGGGAGAGCCGGGGUUCGUGUGGUAUAUCGCUGGUGAGACGGGUGAGUUGCGCGUUACUGCGCCAGGCCCUUAUCUCAUGUCUGGUGACUCUUACGACGGCCCUAUUACUGUUGAGCAUCAUGAUUACGCGACUGACGAGGUGCGGGAACUGGGCUGGGAUUGGCCAGAGUGGCAGAAAGAGUUGGGCCUUCGGGCGAGGAGCGUGGCGGAGGUGUAUGAGAGGUACGCAGAAUGGGUUGAAGGUGGGAUGGGUAAGGUGGUCGUAGGGAGAGAGUGGCCGAGCGUGGUGGAUGGAGUGGCGCUGAUGAAGGAGUUUGAUGAGAUUUAUAAGGAGUUCGACAGGAUGUGA